AUGUCAAAUUUCAAUGUAAUAUUUUGAUUUCGAUGUGUUUGUGUUAAAAAUAUAAAAAUGGUAUAAAUAUUAAAAACGGACGUAUUAGAAUUAAGACAUAUUUGUAUAUAGGUUCUACAUGAUGGCUCAAAAACUUAAACCAAGCAAUUUUUAUCGUUCAUUGUACAUAACCUCUAGAAAUUAUUGCGAAUAUAAAUCUAUAUACGAACGCAAUGAGGCUGGUCGUCAGCCGCGUAAAGUACAUGGUAAAGAAUAUCCUGAAUGGAGAAGACCUUGGACACAACGGGAUGGGGAAUGGACAAGCAAGCUAUCAGUUUUCGUCGAAAAAAGUCCCAACAUGAACAUACUGAAUGCUAUGCAGAAACUUCCAAAUUUAACCUUUGGUGAUAUAAAGCAAUGGUGGGGAGAAAUGAAACAAAUACAAGAAAUAGUAAACCAAAAAUUCUUACCAGAAAGAGUGGUUGCUCUCGGUGCAAACUUAGCGGCAUGUCACUUUUUUAUAUAUCGUCAAGCAGCCAUUAGGUUGAAAGGCAAAAAAGAAUGGAUCAUUGGUGAUAUAUUAUCAGUCAAACUACCGGACACUUACAAAGAAGGUUACUUUGUUGAAGCCAUUGAUUGUUCUAAUUUCCACCACAAUGGCAUCAGAUAUGAAGGGAUACAAAACCUAACCGGUCUCAAUCACCUGAAAUGGUUAUCAUUAAGAAAUAAUAAAUAUGUUGAUGUUUGGUGUCUAGAUAGGAUAGCUGGUCAAAACGGUGAUACCCUAGAAUUUCUAAACUUAAUGGGUUGCAAGUUAUGCGUUGGUUGUGUAUAUGCACUUGCAAGGAUGCCUGCACUUAAAUUCCUAGUAAUAAGCGAUCCAGGAGACAAUAUAGAGCUUCAAGCUGCCCUAUCCAUGCUUGAACAAGAAAGGCCUAAUUUAUUAAUCAGUGCCCAACAAGAUGAUGAAAAUGAUGCAGUAAACAAAGUAGAAAAAUAAUAUAUGCUUAGUGUAUUGAACUAGUUAGUAAACAUUGUUAUUAUAAAC